UUUGGGAUCAAUAUCAUGGAGGCUGCAGGGUUCUGUGGAAUGGAGGUGGCGACUCGGGGGCUAGUGGGGGGAUCUGGCAGUAGCUCCCCUCCAGAGCUGGACAGCCCAGGUAGCCAGGAGCACCUGGGGAUGUUUGAGCUGGUCAGUAGCUGCUGCAGUGAGGAGGUGAGAGGGGAGACUCCAGGGAGAGAGGACUGCCCCCUGGACCCCAACAAUGCUGAGCUGGACCCAGGCGGCGGCGGUGGUGGCAAGAUCAAGGACCCAAAGGGAUUGGGAAAAGAGGUUCUCUUACUGAUGCAAGCCCUGACCACACUAGCCUCGCCAGAGGAGAAGCUGGCCGCUUUGUGCAAGAAGUAUGCUGAUUCGCUGGAGGAGAGCCGCAGUAUACAGAAGCAGGUGAAGGUGCUGCAGAAGAAGCAGUCCCAGAUGGUCAAAGAGAAGAUCCACCUGCAGAGUGAACACAGCAAGGCCAUCCUGUCACGCAGCAAGCUGGAGAGCCUCUGUAGGGAACUGCAGAGACACAAUAAGACCCUCAAGGUAGGUAGUGAGGAGAGUCUGUCAAGCAGCAAGCUGGAGAACCUCUGUAGGGAACUGCAGAGACACAAUAAGACCCUCAAGGAUGACAACAUGCAACGGUCCAGAGAGUAUGAGGAGCAUCGGAAGGAGGCCACCCUUCACUUCCAGAUGACGCUGAACCAGAUCGAGGUACAGAUGGAACAGCACAACUCUCACAACUCCAAGCUGCGCCAGGAGAACAUGGAGCUGGCCCAGAAACUCAACAAGCUCAUCAAACAGUACGAGCUCAGGGAGGAGCACAUUGACAAGGUGUUCAAGCACAAGGAGAAGCAGCAGCAGUUGGUGGAUGCCAAGCUCCAGAGGACAGCUGAGCUGAUGAGAGAGUUGGAGGGGAAGCAGCAGAGAGAGAGAGACUUUCUCCUGAAAGACGCCACAGAGUGGAGACAUGAAUGUGAGCUGUUGAAGGAACAGGAGACGCAGCUCAAACAGCAGCUCUCUUUGUACAUGGACAAGUUUGAGGAAUUCCAGACCACUCUGGCGAAAAGCAACGAGGUGUUCACUACCUUCAGACAGGAGAUGGAGAAGAUGACCAAGAAGAUCAAGAAGCUGGAGAAGGAGACGACUCUGUGGAGAACGAAGUGGGAGACCAACAACCAGGCUCUGCUACAGAUGGCUGAGGAGAAGACACUGCGGGACAAACAUUACAAGGGCCUGCAUGGGAAGCUGGAGUGCCUGGAGAAACUGUGCCGGGCUUUGCAGAAGGAGAGGGACGACCUCACCACCAAACUGGGAGAGGAGGGGACGGGACCUCCAGACCCCCAGCCCAGCCAGGAGUCUACCCAGGAUGAGAUGUCUCCGCCUGGGAGGGGGGAAGAGACGCAGCCCCUUACUACCCCUGAACUGGAGCUAGAGUUCUCCACCACAGAGCAACUUGACAACUGAGCCACUAACCCCCUCUGCCUUUUGGGGGGUGUAUUUGAAUACAGUAUAUCUUGUUUUGUGUGUUAAAGUUUAUAAUUAAGAUUAAAAUGACUGCAUUAUUACCAAUGAAUAUAAUACUUUUUGCCCUGACUGUACAUUGUAAAACUGGGCUUUGUGGUGAGCACAAGGCUCCCCCCUUUUCUACCACAUUUGUAUUUUCUUAGAUGAUUGUCUUCAUUCUGUUGGCCAGUCACAGGGCUGUUGUUCAGCAGCUUUCUCGUGGUCAGUCACAGGGCUGUUGUUCAGCAGCUUUCUCGUGGUCAGUCACAGGGCUGUUGUUCAGCAGCUUUCUCGUGGUCAGUCACAGGGCUGUUGUUCAGCAGCUUUCUCGUGGUCAGUCACAGGGCUGUUGUUCAGCAGCUUUCUCGUGGUCAGUCACAGGGCUGUUGUUCAGGAGCUUUCUCGUGGUCAGUCACAGGGCUGUUGUUCAGCAGCUUUCUCGUGGCCAGUCACAGGGCUGUUGUUCAGCAGCUUUCUCGUGGUCAGUCACAGGGCUGUUGUUCAGCAGCUUUCUCGUGGCCAGUCACAGGGCUGUUGUUCAGCAGCUUUCUCGUGGCCAGUCACAGGGCUGUUGUUCAGCAGCUUUCUCGUGGUCAGUCACAGGGCUGUUGUUCAGGAGCUUUCUCGUGGUCAGUCACAGGGCUGUUGUUCAGCAGCUUUCUCGUGGUCAGUCACAGGGCUGUUGUUCAGCAGCUUUCUCGUGGUCAGUCACAGGGCUGUUGUUCAGCAGCUUUCUCGUGGUCAGUCACAGGGCUGUUGUUCAGCAGCUUUCCCGUGGCCAGUCACAGGGCUGUUGUUCAGCAGCUUUCUCGUGGUCAGUCACAGGGCUGUUGUUCAGCAGCUUUCCCGUGGUCAGUCACAGGGCUGUUGUUCAGCAGCUUUCCCGUGGCCAGUCACAGGGCUGUUGUUCAGCAGCUUUCUCGUGGUCAGUCACAGGGCUGUUGUUCAGCAGCUUUCUCGUGGUCAGUCACAGGGCUGUUGUUCAGCAGCUUUCCCGUGGUCAGUCACAGGGCUGUUGUUCAGCAGCUUUCCAGUUGGACUAAAAUGAUACUUUCUCCCGUCUCUGUGCAGCUUUCUUCCAUUGAAAAAUCUAUAUUUUGGAUAUUUUGGAGCUGUGGAAUUGUAGUCAGAUUAAAUAUCUUUUAGAACUCUUAACAGUGUUCAGAUUAAAUAUCUUUUGAACUGAUAUUGUAGUGGGAUUUAAAUUCUAUCAUAUGCAUAUUGCUAUAUUGAAGUAGCCUUGUUGCAUCGUCGUGACUAACUGAAUCUAAUCUCUGUCUAGGACCAGAAAUAGCAGGGCAUUGUACAGUAGAAGAGUUGCAAACAUACAAUGUUUAUCUCAGAGCAGGUACCAUAGAUUUACUAGGAUGGGAAUUCCCAGUCAAGUCAAUGUAACAUGAUUGGUUGACUUGUAUUUCUAUGUCUGGGCCGUUUCAGUCGUUGUCUUGUCGUGAUGGAACCUACUGGCUUUCUAAUACCUCAGCCCUGGUGUUUAGUUUCAGUCACGUCUCCUUUCUGAAGCACCUGGGACUUGAAAAGGAACAUCCCUGUCCUUUUAACAUGAGAGACUGAGUCUAAAGGGUUCAAUCCGUUCAGCUUUGACCAAGAUGCCAUGCAGUCAACAGACAUUUGACAGACGUGAACAGACAGUUCAGUCAUUUGUAGGUUCCCAGUUUCUGCAGGAGGACCCCUGGUUCUGAUGCUCCUGUAUCUACAGGCUUUCCUGGUUUGUAAUUCCAGUAGCCUGGCCCCAGAUCUGUGUGUUGUCUGGUCCAACUUGACAAACAGCACAAUAGACCUGGGACCAGGCUAUCAUUCCAAUACGCCAAGGGCCAAACUGUUCUCCAGCUCUCCUUAACUGAUACCUCCACAUGGAGAAAGGGGGGCAUUCGGUUCAAUUUACCCAAUGGUUAAGGGCUCACAAUGUAAUUGUACUUCUGUGUGAUCAUUUGGUUGGAGAAGUCAGUGAGGCACUUUACUGCAGACAAUGUGGGCCUUCAGAAACUGGGUAUGCUUGGUAACUUGGUUGUGUUCCAGACCAGUGAACAUUUAUAUGGGACGUGAUGUUUCUUGGGCUCCAAAUAGGCUUCUUUCUAUUCCUUAUGUCUUGUUUAUAGACAAAUUGGUUUUUAUUUCUGGAAGCAAAAAUACAUGGAUUUAUAAGGUGUCUUUUCAUAUUGUACUUUAUACUGGAAAAACAUGUGAUUUGCUAUUUUUUUUUAUACAAACGAAACGUAUGUAAUUCAAACACGAUGCGAAUGUUCACUAAGAACUUAUUUGGCAUUGGAGAUACUUGCCGACAAUGUGAAAGAAAUGUAACCAGUCUCUUGUAAUGAGAAUGAUGGUGGUUUUGGGCCCCAGGUCAGGGUUGUGUUCAUUAGGCAUCAAACAACAAAACAAAUGGAAACUGGGUUCAAUCACUGGAAACUGUUUCCAGCUGAAAAAUAUUUAAACCGUGAACGGAUGCGUGCCCUAAUAAACAUUACCCAGGUUCCCCUACUGGCCCGAUCACCCUGUCAUCGACCUAGAAACCUCAGAUAUCACCAGCGUACAUUGUCUUGUUUUCUUGUGAAGUCAUAAGGAUGUAAUUCAGAGCACAGCCCCUGAAGUUAAACGUGAAGAUGGGUCCAAGCCACAGUUGGGGGGGAGGGGGUAUCUUAACCCCCUCAAGUCGAAAUCAACUUCAAUACUUUACUGUUGGAUGUAGCUUGAGUCCAUCUGCUUGGGCUGUUAUGCCAACUCAUUGUCAUGCUAAAUGUUUGGCUUGACUGACAGCAAUGAAGUAGGCAAAACACCACAAACAGACUGGCGCUCAGGCUGUUGUGAUGCCCGCCAGUUAAACUCAGGUUACGUAAAGACAUCUACCUCGGGCAGGUGAGAACUGUGAAAGCAGAGCUAGUUCAUGUUCAGAAAGCUUUGAGCCCACAUUCCCCUUUAUAAGAUUGUGAAAUGUUCUUAUAGUCCCGUCUCUCACUUUUCAAUAAACUAUUUUGUAGAAUUUCA